AUGGAGGAAAAAGAAGCAGAAUUUAUGUUGAAGAGAGGUGGAACAUUGGGGAAAGGAAGCUAUGGUUUUGUUUCAUUGGCUUUUACUGAUACUGAUUCUCCUAUGAAUGUUCCAUAUGUCAUUGCCGUUAAAUCUUGUACGUUGAGUCACUCUCAGUCUCUUCAAAAUGAAAGGAAAUUUUUAAGAAUGUUUGAUGCUUGUCCUCAAAUUAUUCGAUUUUUUGGAUUUAAAGUCACCCAAGAAGAUGACUCACAUCUUUACAAUUUGUUGCUCGCAUAUGCCUCAGUUGGAAGUGUUGCUGAUCGUCUUGGUGAACGAGGAUUGCCUGAGUUUCAAGUCCAAAAGCACACAAAGAAUAUUCUUUUAGGGCUCAGUUUGAUUCACAAAAAAGGAAGCAUUCAUUGCGACAUAAAACCCCACAACAUUCUUCUUACUACUACUAAUGGCUAUAAUUCAGCUGUAGUGGCAAAGAUUGCUGAUUUCGGGCUUGCCCUGAAUACGGAACAAAACAGGAAGCAGAAGCAGGGGCUCAGAGGAACUAAAUGGUUCAUGGCACCUGAAUCUCUACUUAAGCAGGAGUACGGUCCAGGAGUUGAUAUUUGGGCACUUGGAUGCACGGUUUACGAGAUGAUCACUGGGAAACCCCUAUGGGAAUCAUCAAAUUCGGAACCAAAUUUUGAGAAUCCCAAACUGUCUCCAGAGGCAAAAGAUUUCCUGAAUAAUUGUCUGGUCAAGAAUCCAAGCUCGCGUUGGACUGCAGACAUGCUCUUGAAUCACUCUUUUCUGAAAAUAGCUGACAUUGUCCAGCUUCCAGAGUUCACGAGGAAGAGGCCAGGUUAUUUUUCACGGCUACGCCAAAACAAAGCAUUAAGGAGACAGACACCUGUUCGUGAUAUGGUUACAGAAAUUGGUGCUGAUUCUGAAAGCGGAAACUCAGAACUUGGUACAGAUUCUGAAGGCAGAAACUCAGAACUUGGUGCAGAUUCUGAAGGCGAAAACUCAGGACUUGGUGCAGAUUCUUAA